AAAAAAAAAACUUUGAAGAUGUUAUCUUCAGCAGAAGUCGGACUUCAAUAUGGACCCUGCAUCCCUGAACCUUGCUUGACCCGGGAGUCUGCCUACAGGAGAACCGUGUAUUCCAUAUUAUCAGCUUCUCAUGGCUGUAAAGAUCCUCGAGCAGUGUCAGGUUUCAGCGCCGCCGGGUUCUGUACCCUCAACACCUCUUCCUCUCACCUUUUUUGACCUUCCAUGGUUCUAUUGCCACCCUCUUCAACGUCUCUUCUUCUUCGACUUCCCUCAUCCCACCCACCACUUCCUCCGCACACUCCUUCCCAUUCUCAAGCAUUCUCUUUCCCUCACUCUCCGACACUUCUUCCCCUUCGCCGCCAACCUCGUCCUCCCUCCCGACCCUGUUCAUCUCCACCCUUACAUCCUCUACCAAGACGGCGACUCCCUCCCUUUCACCGUCGCUGAGUCCUCCGCCGAUUUCUCCCGCCUUGUAUCCGACUCUCCUACGGACGUCACCCAGUUGCACCAUCUCGUUCCAGUGCUGCCUACGCCAUGUACCUCAGAAAACGGCGCGCGCUUGAUUCCUCUCAUGACCAUUCAGGUCACGAUCCUACCCAACUCUGGGCUGGCCAUCGGUGUCACUUUCACACAUGUCGCCGGCGACGGCAGAGCAUUUCACGAUUUUAUAAAGUUUUGGUCCUCUGUUUGCAGGGCGAAAGGGGAUUUGGAUUCCCUUCUAAGCUCUCUGACUCUGCCGUACCAUAGAAGGGACAUCGUCGAAGACCCUAAAGGGCUUAAGCUCGUCUACUUGAAGGAACUGACGAAGAUGGAGUCGAAAUCGAUGGAGUUCGCAGGCCUCGUCAAUGAUGUGUCUUCCGAGAAGGUUCGGGCCACCUUUGUGCUGAAUCGAGGCCAGGUUGAGAAGCUAAAGAAAUGGGUUUCGAUCAGAUGCAUCGGCAACGGUACGGUAACACCUCAUUUAUCAACCUUUGUGCUGACAACUUCUUUGAUGUGGGUCUGUAUGAUCAAAUCAGAAGAAUCGCAAGAUGGUAAUGUUGCGAAUAAUCUCGAGGAACACUGCAGCUUGAUUUUUCUAGCAGAUUGCAGAAAUCAUCCUGAAUUCACAAUACCCUCCACGUAUUUUGGGAAUUGCCUGGCUACUCCCAUUGUGGCUCUCAAGAGGGGUCGGUUAGUGGGGGAAAAUGGGCUUGCUGAGGCGGUAAGCGCUAUCGAAAGCCGAGUGAGAGAAUGGAAGAGGGAGCCUUUAAGAGGGGCCGAAACAGUGAUGUCAGACUUCAGAAAUUUAUCCAAGUCAGGGCAUCCUUUGUUGGCAGUUGCAGGCUCCCCAGGAUUUGGAGUGUACGAGACUGAUUUUGGGUGGGGGAAGCCCAGGAAGAGUGAAGUAGUUCAUAUUGAAUUCUCCGGAUCCAUUUCUCUCUCUGAUGGCAGGCACAGCGAUGUUGCAGUUGAAAUAGGGGUGGCACUGAGAAGGACUCAAAUGGAUAUUUUCGCAGACGCAUUGGAAGAGCAGCUGGGAAAUAUUAAUAUAGCUUGUGAUUGAAUCACGCAAACAGACUGGGAAUUGAAUCAUCCCUUCCAAUAAGCGUCAAAUGGAUCGGCGAACUAGCUCCAUUGGUCAGACGACGAUCCUCUCCGGGCUUUAAUGUAUUGUGCCAUUCCACGUGGUUCAUUUUCGUUUGCACUUUGUUUAGCUAUUCCUGGGGUAUUUAAUGGUCACAUGUCAGUACGGUAAUUGAAAAGGCUUCAAUGGUCACGCGUGGCUGACCAACCCUGCGUGCCUAGUGUUUGCUUAGAGCUGUUUUAUUUCCUGACAUACUCCUGCGUCACAAAUGUGGGACUCAGUUACCAUCCUAAGCAUAAUGAUGAGCAUAAUGAUGAGCACAAUGAUGAGCACGAAGAGCUCAUCAUUUAUGCGCACCGUUUUAAGAAUCAUUUGCUGGCCAAGCAGCGUCGUUUUGCUGGGUUCUGUAAAUUUGUGCUUAUGAGUUAUGAUAUCAUUUUUCUUUAUCAGAAGGAGGAGAAAACGCAAUGAGCAAGUUCCAAAUUUUCGCAGUUGAGUCUCUUCUAUUUGAAGAAGAAUACCGAUGGCGACUCCCCAGCUUCAGCAGAAGGACAAAAAAUGUCUCUGAAAGACCAGGGUAAUGAGUUUUUUUAAGUUGGAGAAGUAUCUCAAAGCCACAGCACUUUGCACCCAAACUACCAAGCAUGAUCCUUCAAACCUACUCUCAAUUAGUGACAUUCUUCACUUGAUAAAUUAACGAGUUUUAAAUUGUUGACCUCUUUUAUCUGCUCAUUGUUCUUUUUACUGAUCUCGUUUUUUGGAUCUUGAA